UCUACCGUUUUUUUUUAAUUAAGGUAGUGAGUUAAGAGAGGCUUGAAAUUUGUGUUUCACUUUUAAUAUUAGUUAACAAAACUAUAUUAGUUUGAAUCAAACGGAAUGGAGUACAUAUCCUGCUUAAUAAUUUUCUCAGCAAUAUACGUUCUGUAUUGCUGUAAAACUUACAUCAGAACAGUUUGUAUUUCGUUGAGUUUACCUGGACCUACAGCUUUACCAGUUUUAGGAAAUGUUCUUAUAUUAAACAACCCAAAAAAAUUGGAAAAAGUGGGAACCAAGGCUUACCAAUUUUAUGGUCCAUUUUUCAGAUGUUGGAUAUCAGUUAUCCCGUUUUUCUUCAUUUACGAACCAAAGCAUUUGAAAAUAAUACUAGCUGGGAAGAAUUCACAAAAAAAUGUUUUGUACAAGCUUUUACAUAAUUUUGUUGGAAGAGGACUAAUAACCAACAAUGGGGUGAAAUGGAAAACACAUCGGAAAUUAAUUCAGCCUUAUUUUCAUAUUAAUAUUUUGGAAAAUUAUAUAAAUAUAUUCUCGGAGAGCACGAAGGAACUUUUAAGUAAUCUAGAGGAGGACAAGGAUAUUAAGAUUACACCUGUUAUAAACAAAUGCAUUUUAAGCAUACUUCACAAGGCUGUGUUAGGCGUUUCUUUGAAGGAUGAAAUGCAGUCUCCAUACAGAAAAGGUGAGGUACUGUUGACCCAGAGAAUAACUAAACCAUGGUUACUUUUGGAAACGAUUUUCAAAUAUACGCCUUUCGCUAAAACCGAAGAGAAACAGAAAUUGAGUUUGCAUCGUUAUACGAAAAAUAUCUUGGACAGAAGAAAAAAUGAAGCCAAGAAAACGACGUCCCAAAGCUUAUUAGACAUGUUUAUAGAAAUCUCCGAGAAUAAUCGCGAUUUCACCGACGAAGAUAUAAUUAAUGAAGUAGUAACCUUUAUGUUAGCAGGACAGGAUUCCGUUGGUGCCGCAGUUGCUUUCAGUCUCUAUUACAUCGCCAGAGAUGAGAACAUUCAGAGCAAGAUAGUGGAAGAAUUGGAUUCAGUUUUUGAAAAAGCAAAACCGAGUGUAGCGACAUUGCACAAUCUGAAGUAUUUGGAACAGUGCAUCAAAGAAUCGUUGAGGCUGGCUCCUAGCGUCCCUAUAAUAUCUCGGAUUCUAACAGAAGAUGUAACAUUAGAUGGACGCACAUUUCCAGCUGGUACCAACAUAUUUAUUUCACCGUUCAUUACACACAGACUACCGCACCAUUAUCCGGAUCCGUUGAAAUUCGAUCCAGAAAGAUUUUCACAGGAAGAAAUGGACAAACGCCAUCCGUUUGCAUUUAUUCCUUUCAGCAUGGGACAGCGAAAUUGUAUAGGAUACAAAUUUGCUUUAUUAGAAGUGAAAAUUGUCUUAGCUGGUAUUUUAAAGAGGUUCCAAAUCAGUAUUGUUCCUGGCCAUGAAAAUUUGGAUUUAGUUUAUAGGGCAACUUUACGAGCAUCUGGUGGAGUGUGGCUACAUCUGACUCGCAGAAAAUAGAAUUUGUGUUGUAUCAAAAUAGUAAAAGUUCGUAUCUGUAAAUGUACUUAUAUUUAAUAACAACAAUAAUAAUAAUGGUACUUCUAUUCCUUUCCA